AUGGACUCUAAAUUAGAUAGCAAUGAAAUAGAAGAAAAAAUAAUUAUUAGAAAGCCUCCCUGUAAUUGCUCUAUUUUACAUAAAAUUUACAAUACAAGUAAAUUUCAUCAUUAUAUUAUAGUGAAUGCUGCAUAUAAAUUAGGGUAAUUAACUUUCCAAUAAGAAAGCAAAGCAAAUUAAUUUUAAACUUGUGUGAAUACUAAGGAAUGA